AUGGGCACAUCCUACUCAGAGCCAGUGCUGGCCUGGGCCAAGGGCCAGGGCAUUGAAGUCACACUGUGGGGUCAAGAGCCUUGUGGAGCUGUGGCCAAGUCCCAGGCAGGGACAGCGCUGGAGUGGGAGGAACCCAAGAUGGUCUCUGGGAGGCCAGAACUGUUCAAAGGCAACCAGGCCAGAAAACUCCUGUCUGGAGCGAGUGGGGUUCACCGGGGUCUUCUUGUGAUGGUCGUGAGGCAAAUGAGGGAAACUUCGGACCGUCUCUUCCAGAUGACAGGAGAUGAAUUCCCAGAAGUGGCUGUAACGGCCAUCUAUGGGGUUGGGAGCACUUUGGAGUCUGGGGAUGCUUUUGGGUCUCCCUCUCCCCGUUCCGAGCCGGCUCAUGCCCCCAGCCCGCCCUCGGCCCCGAGCGGGGCUUCCCCGUCCCCGUCCCCGUCCCCGGCCGUCCUGCCGCGGUCUCUCCUCCGCCCGGCUCUGGCUGUACUGGCAGUGGCGCUGCUGGGCGGGGAUCACGCGGCCGCUGGCCCCGAGCCGCCGCUGUCGCGUUCCAAAGAGCGAACGCCAGGGGCUGCCCGGCCCGGGACGGCUGAGGGGCGCUCGGGGCCCGUGUCUGGCCCCGGGCCGAGCGCUGACAGCCGCGUCUCGCCGGCAGGGAAGGUGGAGCACGGCAUUAAGGAGCGCUACCAGCUCGGUUCGCUGCUGGGGCGCGGCGGCUUCGGCAGCGUCUGGGCGGCGACGCGGCUCUCGGACGGCGCCCCGGUGGCCAUCAAAAGGGUGCCACGGAACCGCGUCCGACACUGGGGUGAGCUGCCCGACGGCACCAGCGCACCAAUGGAGAUCGUGCUCCUGGACAAGGUGUCCACUGGCUUCCCUGGUGUUGUCCAGCUGCUGGAGUGGCUUGAGCUCCCCAGCGACAUCCUGAUGGUGCUGGAGCGCCCGGAGCGGUGUCAGGACCUCCGUCAUUUCAUUCGGGCACGGGGGUUCCUGUCCGAGGAGGUGGCGCGGCAGCUGUUCCGCCAGGUGCUGGAGGCCGUGCAGCACUGCACCAGCUGCGGAGUCCUGCACAGGGACGUCAAACCGGAGAACAUCCUCGUUGACCUGGCCAGCGGGCAGGCAAAACUGAUUGAUUUUGGCUGUGGCACCUACCUGCAGGACACAGCCUACACUCACUUUGCAGGAACACGGUCCUACAGCCCCCCGGAAUGGACCCGCUUUGGCUGGUACUAUGGCAAGCCAGCUACCAUCUGGUCCCUGGGCAUCCUGCUGCACCAGAUGGUCUGUGGGAAGCACCCUUUCAGGAGGGGCCGGAACAUCAGCUGGAACCAUCAGCUCUCACUGCCACAACGGCUCUCUCAAGACUGCCAAGAUCUGAUCAAAAGGUGUUUAUCCAUGCUCGACAUAGAAAGGCCCUCAUUAGAAGACCUGCUUUGUGACCCUUGGAUGCAGCAAAUUCACGAAGUGUUCCAGGUGGGGUCCAGUGUGGAUCAGGAGGUGCUUGGGACCAGCUGCGGUGUGGACGGGCCGUGCGCUUGGAGAAGGCUGAGGACAUCGUUUGGGACCAGCUUUUCUGCCAGCAGCGAUGGCAUGAGGGCUCUGCUGCAGCUCAGCACCGGGCCCGAAUCAGCCAAAGGAGAAAUGGUGUGA